CUCAAAUGCCCACCGGGAUUACGAAUUACGAUUAAACCAAGCUUUGCAAGAGGCUCCCGAUUCUAAAAAGUUGUUAGUUUUACAAAGGGAAUGGGAAAAUGGCGAAUAUGAAGACGACUGGGAACGUUAUAAAGAUUUUAAAAAUGAUAUAAAAGUCAAUAAACAAAGGAACGCAACUAGUGACAAUGAUCGUGAAGGCAAUAAUUCCAAUAUUUCUCAGGAAAAAACUGAAAGUACGACUGUCAAUAAUAAUGAAUUGGCGCUUCAAGUAGCAUCGCGGAUUACUACGUUGAAAAUGAAUAAUGAACUGGAAGCGUAUGCUAAGGAGACCAUUCGUGAUGAUGGAAAAAGAUGGACUGUAUGUGAAACCGAUAUACGUGACGUGUUAACGAAAUGGAAGCAAGAAAAGGCUUAA